UAACCUCCCUCUGCCGGUCUGUUGCCGCAGUGAAGGAAACCCCGUUCUCCUGGCACCGACGUCGGUCUGCCGCCUGUCCUUUUAAGGCAAGGGGGGGUUCCCGCCGUCACGGCCGGAUGCAGUCCAUGUUUGGGCAGCUACGAAGCUCGCGGCGGGGGGAAUCCCUCGCUCCGCCGUGGACCAAUGAGAGCAGGACGGGAGUUACCUUGGAGACGGAGAGUAUAAAAGGCGCCGUGUUCGGAGGCAGCUCAGCAUCCUCAGCAUCAGCGUGUGGACUAACGGAACCAGCUCCGGAUCAGAACCGCCCUUACAGACAUCCAUCAGCGGGGAAGCCCGGUUCUGUUGUGCACACUCACACCGACACAAAGCAAUGCUUCUGGAGCGCGACGACAGCUUCAUGUCAGAGUUUGAGGACGCCUGCAGCGCCUGGGUGGACAGCGUGGGUUCGAGCCCCAGCGACGUAGCGGACUCGGACGUGGGGUCCCCGUUUAGCCAAGUCGUUUCUCCGGGAACCGACGCCUCCGACUCAGACUUCUUCUCAGACUUCAGCGAGUGCUCCUCGGACACGCUCUCCCCGUCCUUCAGCUACACCGGCAGCUUCUUCACCGAUCCGGAGCCGGUACCGGCGGCGGGCCUGAGCAGCACCGCGGACGCCAUCCUCAACAUGAUCACGGAGAUCGUUGGGAUCUGCACCGAGAUGGAGCAGCAGCAGAAGGCCGCCCCCUCAUGCACCGCCCCCCCGCUUUAUUCCCCCGCCGUCACCGUGGCCCCCCAGGACUCGGCCCCUCAGGGGCCCCCCGCCCCCGCCUCCCUUCCUGCUACCGUGAAGAGCGAGUCUUUGGCUCCCAGCUGCUGCGGCGGCCCCGCGGCAGCGGUACCGGGCCCCGCGGACUCCCUGCCGCCGCUGGCGGACGUGGCGGACAUGAUCGAGUCUCUGCUGAGCUCGGAGGGGGGGCAGGCCGACCCCCGGCUGGCCUGCGAGGUCAAGCAGGAGCCGCUGGGGCUGGAGGACUGGCUGCGGAGCCUAGGGGGGGCCGGGGGGGAUCCCGGCGCCUACGUCAUCAGCAGGCCGGCAGUCAAGACGGAGCUCGUGUCGGGCGGGGGCGACCUCUUCUGCGCCCCCUCCACCCUGGAUGCGCACAUGCUGUCGUCCCUUCUGCAGGGUGCGUUCCCGAUGGUCAACAUCAGCAGCGUGCACGCAGGGCCCCCCGCCAAGCCUGCCCGCGGGGGUCGGAGGGCCCCCGCCCGGAACGGGCUGAAGGUGAAGCCGUUCCCGUGCUCCGUGCAGGGCUGCGAGCGCCGCUUCUCGCGCUCGGACGAGCUCAACAGGCACGUGCGCAUCCACACCGGCCAGAAGCCCUUCCAGUGCACGAUCUGCGCGCGCAGCUUCAGCCGCAGCGACCACCUGACCACGCACACGCGCACGCACACGGGGGAGAAGCCGUUCUCCUGCGACGUGUGCGGGAAGAGGUUUGCGCGUAGCGACGAGAGGAAGAGGCACGGGCGCGUGCACGUGAAGCAGCAGCUGCGCGCGCAGAUGAUGGCCGCCUACUCCCUGGCUCUGAACUCCACUGGUGUCUAAACGCGCGCGGGUCGGAGCCUUUGAGAGUUGAACCGUCAAUUUGAUGACGUCAGAGAGGACGUUUCAGCCUGACGCCACAGGUGCAUGCAUGUCACACCUGCCUGGGAGGCUCGGGUGUGGCCUCUGCGGUGCUCUGGAGCGCCCUCACCUGCUGUGGGCGGAGCCUAAGGGGCGGUCCGUCCAGCUGAAGAGGGACUUCCUGUAACAUAUUGACGUUUCUGCAUGACGUCGUGAAGAAACAGUGACUGUCAGAAUGUCGUGGUGAUAUUUUUCUGUACAUAGCUUUAUAUUUGACCGCCAUGUUUGUACCACAUCUCUAUUUUUCUAGUCGGCUCGUCUACCUCUUCAUGUCGCUGUUUCACGACUGGAACCGGAACCAGAACCGGGUUCUUCUGGACGUGAACGAUGUCACUUUUCUAUGAAACGAUUGUAAACACACUGAAUGAACUUUAUUAUAUAAUUUUCAUUCUGACACGUGGGUGCAGGUGUCCUCUGCCCCGGUGCAUUGUGGGAUAUGUGUCCUGGUGUCUGUGGUGUGAAAACAGAGCUGAGCUCUGAGUAGCACACAUGGCUGUGCGGGUUUCCUGUUUCCUUGUUCUGCAUGGAGGCUGCUGUCAAUAAACACAACAGGAUGUGACUCUG